AUGGAACGCGUCCCCAUUUGUCCCGAGCUUUUGGACGAGCACUUCGAGUCCGUUCGCGCAGUACUGGACGCGUACUCCAACGGGGAGAUCGGCGACGAAACCGAGCUGACCGUCAAGAAGCACAACGAGCUGUUGCCAGAUUUGCUCAAAUUCAAGAACACUGGUCUCUAUUCCAAGAGGAAAAGCCAUCGCAGUAGUCAGCGUGUAGGCCAUAGUGGUCACAAUGGCCAUGGCAAUGCUCAUGGCAAUGCUCAUGGAAAUUGUUGCGGUUCUGGGAACUCGGAGAGGCGAAGCGUCCACAAGUGGGAAGCUGAUCAGUGCAAUGCUCCAAGGGAGAGAGUUGCUGAUGAUCACUACGAGCAGUUAGCGUUAGAUUUGAUGUUCAUCUCCUCCUGGACCCGACCCCAGCCGGCUUUCAAUCGCGGGAAAUAA